AUGGUAAGAAAUUACAAAAAGAAAAAAGAAAAUGAUGUGAAUGAAGAAGACGCCGAGAGAGCUGUAUUGUGUGUUAUCAAUGAUAGGAUGAAACUGAGGACCGCUGCUGCUAUAUAUAAUAUAAAACCAACCACUUUGUACUAUAGAGUAAAGAAAUAUAAAGAGAAUGUAAUGCCAAAAAAUAUAAAUUAUAGCAGCAAACACACUGUGCAUCAAGUUUUUACUAAUGAUGAGGAACUUAUGCUGGAAAGGUACUUUUUAAAAAUGUCCAAAAUGAAUUAUGGUCUUACCUACUUACAAGGUCGAAAAUUGGCAUAUCAAUAUGCAGCAGCGUUAGAUAAGUGUCCUGAAAAAUGGUUAGAUAACAAGAGUGCGGGCAUUGAAUGGAUGAAAAACUUUAUGAAAAGGCACCCAGUAUUAUCUUUGCGAAAACCUGAAAACACCAGUCUUUCCAGAUCAACCAGCUUUAAUAAGCAUAAUGUCAUGAUGUUUUUUGAUAAUUAUGAAAGAGUGUUACAACGCGGAAAUUAUACUCCAGACUGCAUCUAUAACUUAGACGAGACAAGUAUUAUGACCGUUGUUCAAGCACCCAAUGUUAUUGCUAGAACAGGUCAAAAGCAAGUUGGACAAAGUGUUUCGGCCGAAAGAGCUAGGUUUCAUGAAACAAUGCUUAUUGGAGCUCCAGUUGGAAGUGUCGGGUUUGCCAAUAGUCCUACUAGCGGUUGGAUGACUGGACCUUUGUUUCUGAAAGUUCUGCAACACAUUAAAAAAACCACUAGAUGCACCAAAGAAAAUAAAAUUCUUAUACUCCUUGACAAUCAUGAGAGUCAUUGCACCAUCGAUGCUAUUAAUUUUGCAAGAGAAAACGGCAUAGAACUAUUGACAUUUCCCCCUCAUUGUACACAUAAACUCCAACCACUUGACGUUGCAGUAAACAGUCCUUUUAAGGCGAAGCUUGCAGUCGCGCAAAAUGAUUGGUUGCUUAAUCAUCCGGGCAAAACAAUAACUAUACACGAUCUCGCAAGUAUUGUCACCCCUGCAUAUAAUGCUUCACAUACUAUCAAUAACAUCACAUCGGGAUUUUCUGCGCCAGGAAUAUAUCCGUUUUCCAGAAACAAAUUCACGGACGAUGACUUUGAAUGUUCAGAAGUGACUAAUCGGGCUGAUCCUUCGCAAGUUUCCUUGAUAGUUGCAUCUGAGAAUUUAGUUAUUGGUGGUGUAAUAGCUGAAGAUGUGGAGACUGAUCAACCUCAACAGGUGUUAUCACAGUUUGGUGCGUCUAUACCACAUAAUGUGAACGAUAAUGUCACUCAAGCUGAAGAUCUGGAAAUAAAUGAACUUACAAUAGCAGCUGCUCCUGACGCUACUGACAAUGCUCAAAUUGUUGCUCCAGCACCUUCUACAAUCGACAGUGACGCUACUGAUGCUGAUAUAGAAGUAGAUCAACCUGUAAUAGCAUCAAUUAAAGCUAUUGACAAAAGUAAUAAACCCACCAUAAGCCUUAUAUCUCAACUCCCCCCUGAACUUAAUCAUGAAACCGAUAAAUCUGCAAAAACACCUACUAAGAAUACUAAUAAAGCUCAUGAGCAAACUCCUUCACAUUCACCAUCUGUAAUCGAAAGUGCCGCCAAUAUUGAUAAUUUGGCGAAAAUAAACAGGAACACUGAAAAUAUAAGGGAAAAAGUAACAGUUACUCCUGAAGCAAUAAGACCGUUUCCUAAAGCGAUUCCUCGUACCGGAAGAAAAGGCAGAAAGAAAGGCUCGUCACGAAUCUUAACUGAUACUCCCGAAAAAUGCGCAGUAGAAGCUGCUUAUCUGGAUCGGAUGAAACGCAAGCCUUCAAUUCUGCCUUUAUCAAAACGAGGAAAAUGUAUGCCCAAGAACAAGACGUAUAAAAAGAAGAAACCGUUGCCAAAAUAUCAGUCAAACUCAGAAUCUGACGGAAAUAUAUCUUUUCAUGAUGAUUCUGAUAUGGAUUUAACAGAUGGUCAAAGUAAUUCUGAGUCUAAUUAUCUAGUUGAUGAAAGGGAAUCAAUUCAAUCUUUGACAAAUGAGAGUUUAAAUGAAAAUGACUAUAUAUUGGUAAAAUGUCACUCUGCCAAAAAAGAAUCACAAACAUAUUUCGUAGCUUUUAUUAAACGUAAAGACCAAAAUAUGUUUCUAGUUUCUUUUUGAAAAAGAAAUUGGGUUUUAAAUUUUUGUUCCCUGACAAAGAAGACCAAUCCUGCAUACCUAUCACUGAUGUUGUAAAAAAACUACCAAAGCCAUGCUCUGCUCCAGGAACUUCUCGUACAGCUGCUCUAUUAACUUUUAAAUUUGAUUUUAGUAAAUUUAAACUAGGUUAGGUAUAAUUACCAAAGUUUUGAAGUUGUUCGUUUUUUUUUUGAAUAUUUACUUAUAUGUUUGGGAAUAAGGUGAUUUGGAUUGUUUAUUUUGUUUGAUAUAUUUUUUUAAUGCCUUCCUGAGACCAUUUUAAAUGGUAUGUUUUUAAGAUAAUGUUAAGAUUAUAAAGAUAAUAUAAAGACAAAGAUUAGCAAUAUGUAACUAGAUCUCAAAUAUUAAAAUAAUAAGUUACUUACAUUUGUUCAAGACUGCCCCAGGCUGUUAAUAGUUUUAUAAAGUUUAUUUAAGUAAUAGUGAAUGUACGAAGUUAGUGGCAAUAUAUUAUAAUUAUUUACGAUCUGUAUGUCUUAAAUAAAGUGUUGAUUAUAUUUUAAGCUACAUUGUUUUCUUGUUAUCAUGGUAUUUCAAAAGUGCCCCCGGUGUUAUCAAAUGUGCCCCUUGCCAGGGGCACAUUUGAACAAAAAAUGGUUUUUUAAAAAUAAUAAUAUUGCUACUUUAAUAAAUAAAAACAAGUUAAUUUAAUUUUUAUUUUGUAGCACAAAUAGCAUACCUAUUCAUAAAAAUAUAAAAUACCUUGAUAUGUAGCACAAUACGACAAAUAUAAUAUUUUAUUCAAAAAGUGUUCAAAGGUGCCCCCCUCUCCCCUACACGUAUUGAUUGCAUAAAUUAAUCACUGGGGAAAUACACAAUCUAUUGCAAGUCAUAAUUUCGCAAAUAGAUAUUACUUGCUCACGUAUGUAUGCUACCUUAAUUAUCCUUAGAUACUAAGGAAAUUUGAGGAAACAAAGACCAGCACGACAAGUUACCCUUAACUGUCCAAAUACUUCAAAAUAUUUCCAACCUAACAGUCCUUGUCCAGUUAAAAUUUCAUUAUUAUAGGCAUAUAGCAAAUAACAAAAUGCGAUAGUUAGGGGCAUCUUCACUAAGCAUUUGUAAGACUUCAGUGUCCCGCAAGUCACGCGUCACAACACAAUACUAUGUGAUACACGUCUGCAUUUACUUUGUGCAUGAACUAACACGCGAACGUUAAGCGGACUGCUCAUAAAUCUCUGCCUACCCUCCGCGGAUUACAGACAUGUCCUGACGGCUUGUGAAUGUGUGUCAUAUGGAAAAAGGAAAACAAACAUUCAUUCCUUUUUGUACGUGAAUGUAAAUAAAUUCCAUGCUGUAUGUAUAACGGCUUCACAAAAGCCAACAUUCAUCAACAAUUCACAUUGCCAGUUCACUUCAAUUAAGAUUCAUGUUCAUUGAGCAUGAGUCAAAUAGCUCUUGGGCCAGUCAUUGAGAGCAGUCAUGGAAUAAGGCCGCGGGUGCACGGACGGCCGCAACUUAUUCCAUGCAAAUUGUCGUUAUUUCAUUAUAUUAAUGUCUCACGUCCGGUGGGACCCGUGUCGCCUUCGCGUGCCGACGCCGCUCAUUGUAAAUAAUGUAAAUUGAUACUGUUCGUUAGUAAUACAUACUUACGCAAGUCUUUAUUGCAUUUUUCCUCAAGUUAUAGUGCUGAGUUUUUAAAUACCUCACUGUGACCUUCCAAUAUCCAAUUUCCUUUUUAUAUCAUAAGGUCUUCAUAUCACCAGUUGGGCAUUACUUUGUAUACAAAAGCGAGGUGGCUGGAUACUUCGUGCAACUGAUCCCGUCCCGCGGGCUGCGGCACGGAGCGAAGAGUUCUGGGAAAAGCAGGCCGCAUACCACGCCGCGAGCCGCCAUUGGACCGCCUUGUCUUGUGCCCGCCCGCACGCAAAGACAACAUUUCAGAGGCGGCACAUUUUGUUCGAAGCAACUAUGUAACUACGUGCUUUCCCCGGUAAAGCUGGCAACAUCGUACGGAAUUAAGUAAGGGGGGCGGUGAAGGUGAGACGUAAGGGAUGAGGGCGACAGCUGCGAAGCACGUGGGGCGGCAGCUGUGGCGAGCUGAUGCCGCGCGCCGCCCGCGCUGGCGCAAGCUGCGGCCGCACCUGCCACCGUCAAAUAUUAUCAAGUUUUUGUACUGCUACCUUCACAAAGCAAUAAUAUAGGGAAUUGACGUCUGCUCUGAUUGACCUGAUAUAAUAUGAUUACAAUAAACAUUGGAACAUAAUGUAACUUACGUAAAUAGGUAAGUACUUACUAGAUAACUGUAGAAACACACAUUAGUUAGGAUAACAACCCUACUAGUUGAUGUCUAAUAGAUACAAUGAGAAUAUAAAAAUCAUUUGUACGUAGAUCUAGGUACCUAAUAGUGUGACAAAACAAACACUUGAAUGUCAUAAAUUAAGGUCAAUUUAAUUUACGGUGCUACCCCAGUCUAUGCUAUUAUUAUAGCCUAGGUACAAUGAUUCAGAAGGUGUAUCGUACGCAGUACCGACGUACCGUCUUAGGUAUGGGUAGACUUAGACCACAGCAUGUGCAAUGUGCAGCAGAAGAUGAGCUGGCGCCAAGGUAAGAUUGAACAACGCCGUGCAAUCGGUACGUAGGUAGGAAUGAGCUAAUCAUUGGACACGUUUUGUUACGUUUUAUUUACGUAGGUAACGAUGUUUAUCGUCGUAUCUCGGCUUAGUUUACCCGCAGCAUUGAAGCGACAGCUGCACUGCUCGCUAGUUCUCAAGUAAUCAUUAUCAGGUGAAAGAAACGAAAAUGGUGGCUAACAUAUAAGUUGUGAACAGUGAACCUUUACAAUAUUAUAUUAAUAUCAUUCAAGACAUGGAAGAAAACAAUAAAUCAGAGCAAAAUGUGGAAAAUAUAAAUACUCCAACUGCUUCGGGGUCAGCUGCUACUUCAGUGGCAUCCAAUGGCCCCGCCUCAACAUUAACGCUAUUCAAGAGCGGACCGCGUGAGGCUAAAAUUCGACCUCUCGCGCCAUUAAUGCUCCCGACGCAAAGUUACGACUCAAACGCCGGCUCUCCGGCUUCGUCACCAUCCACCCCUUGUUCUUCAUCUUCUUUCUCCAUCGAUAAAACCGACAACCACGACACCUUUGGCUUCAGUGCGGACACGGCUGAUAUGAGAAAAGAGGAUGAACGUAUGAAAACAUUUGAAAAAUGGCCCGUCAGUUUCCUAACCGGACAGCAACUCGCUCGAAAUGGAUUUUACUACCUAGGCCGUGGAGAUGAAGUCCGUUGCGCCUUCUGUAAAGUGGAGAUUAUGAGGUGGGUUGAGGGCGAUGACCCUGCGAAGGACCAUCAGCGUUGGGCGCCACAGUGCCCAUUCGUGCGCAAGCUGAACGGUAGUGCCAGCAGCGACACAGGUAGUUCGGGCCAGGACGAAUGUGGGGCCCGCGCCACUCCCUCCGGUACCUCUCCGCCACGUAUGGCCGGUCCCGUGCACCCACGAUAUGCGUCUGAAGCCGCACGACUACGUAGUUUUAAAGACUGGCCACGAUGCAUGCGGCAAAAACCUGAAGAACUCGCAGAGGCUGGCUUUUUUUACACUGGUCAGGGAGACAAAACCAAGUGUUUUUACUGCGAUGGUGGAUUAAAAGAUUGGGAGAACCAUGACGUACCCUGGGAACAACAUGCACGGUGGUUUGACCGUUGCGCCUACGUGCAAUUGGUGAAGGGUCGAGAAUACGUUCAAAAGGUGAUUUCUGAGGCUUGUGAGGUAUCCGCAUCGGAAGCAGAACGUGAUGUUGCUCCCUCACGAACUACCAGCGAGUCCAGCGCGCCAGUUGAGACGCCGGAGAACUCAGUCGACGACUCAAAGUUGUGUAAAAUCUGUUACGCGGAAGAGCGUAACGUGUGCUUCGUGCCGUGCGGCCACGUGGUGGCUUGCGCCAAGUGCGCGCUGGCAGCCGACAAGUGCCCCAUGUGCCGCAGGACGUUUCAGAAUGCAGUGCGAUUAUAUUUCUCGUGAGAAGAGCCGCCAAUUUGAAGGCUCGAUUCUAGUCUUAAGGGACGGCCGGAUAGAGCUGUGUGCUGAAACCACGAGCUCGGAAGCCACGUUUCCACAGGCGGAGUAACCUAUUAAAACAUAUUGUUUGAUAGUUUCGAUAGGAACUCGCUCGCUAGUGUAGCAAAAGACGAAAUUGAGAGUCCUCAGGAGUAAGACAGAUAUAUUUAGGUAUAGUGAAUUAUAAAAUACUUAGUUAGCAUAUAUUAAGAUUAUAUAUUGAUGACGCUUAUUACUUUAAUUACACGAUCUAACUUGACGUGUUAUUACAAUUAUUUAUUUUACACAAAUGUAACAAAGCUUUGUGUGACAUUGUAACUUUUUACCGAUAGAAUUUCAAAAGUCGUGUUUGUGAUAAUUCGAUGUAACGGCAAUGACGGAUAUACCCAUUCUUGGCAAUAGAAUGGGAAUUACUUGAUUUCUGACUGUGGAAGCGUGGCCUUACUGAGGCCGCCCUUGUGAUCUAAUAAAUUAUAAGCGGUGGGGCAAUGUUAACACUCCGCGUGAAAUAGUAAUAAGACAAUAUAAUUUUGAUGUUAACAUUAUUUUAAAUUAUUUAUAAAUAUACAGGUCGUGCUCGUUUUGGAAAUAUUGUCAUAUAUGUAAGUGCAACACAAUAAAUCAGUUGCAUAAUUGUUUUUUUGGUUUACUAAAUUCUAUAGGACUAAACUUGGUUUUGAAGGCUAGUCUGAAUAAUUAAGUGUAUUAGAUACAAACGCAAAAGUGGAUAAUAUUUUAAUUAUAAUACAAACUAUUUAAUUUUUUUUCAAAGAAUUCAGUAAUGUGUCCCUGUCGAUACAGAGAAUGUAAAUAAUGAUUGUAAAUAUGUAGCUUAUCGUUUUGUCCCACCGACAAAAGUGUACAUAAGUGUUAAAACGUUAUCAGCGCAAAUAAUGAAACAGGAAAAUCUGCAUUUGACCUAAAAUAACUUAGAAACAUGUUUUGUUUGUGCUGAGCAAAUGUAAAACAGAGUAAAUAUUUCUCGAUCAUUUAAAUUAAAGGGUUUAAACAAGGAUUCUAUUGACACAGUAUAGAAUGUUAUAAAUAUAUAACUAAUGAAAGCAUUUCAUAGACACUUCUUUUGUGAAACGUCUUGCGAUGCAUAUAUACUAAUAGGUUGCAUUUAAAUUGUUUUUCGCGUAGCAAACCUCUGAAUAAUGUUUUGUCACAUGUAAUUUAAAAGUUAGCUUAUUUAACAAGAUAGGUACAUUAAAAGGUUUUCCAUAGUUUAUAAUAUUAUUUAUGAGUGAAUUCUUGAAAAUACGUCAAUAUCAUAUUAAUAUUAUAAUACACGCCACUGGAUAUCGUUUUUGACAUUUAACAUUAAUGCGUAAUUGCAAAAGAGAAUUCAUAAGUCGCAUUUAAUUUGUUUUCAAAUGUGAUGAUUACUAUUUCAUUAUUAAUUAAAAAAUUGUUAAAUCAUAU